AUGAAGAUCCCUUUUGCCCUUACUCUUGCCUUCUUCAUCACAUCUGUGUGGGCAGGGGGGUACCAAAACUGCCUCGAGAGGGUUUGGCUGUUUCAGGCCUAUCUCAUCGAUCAACAGAAUCCCGAGGCAGACCGCCAGAUUGGUUAUCAGUGCAGCAAUUGGAACAACUACCAAUCUAAAUGUAUAGGCAAUUGGGUGCCUUGCCGGGGGAGACAGGGACGCCGCCAGUGCAACUUUGACGAUUUCCAGCUCUUUUUGGGCAACCUGCGGCCGGGAAUGGCCGGCGUGACACAGGCUGUUACCAGGGCGGACGGCUCUCUGGACGUUGAGAGGACUGCGACCAACUGUCUCUGGACUUGGAGAGACCAUGGGCGGCCCCCUUACAACUUCAGGGGAUACAAGGCGGUCAAGCAUGGACGCAAUAAUCACAACGACUUCAUCUACCGGGUCGGCCAGAUCACCAACGACAACUACAACAAGCCAGCCGUGAGAGCGGCCGCCGGUGCGCAAGCCUUCCGCAACGUCGACGACACGCUGUCCAAGAUCACCACAGCUCGUGUUGCAGACCACGGCCGUCACUUGAUCCCCGCUGCCCGCAACGCUCUCCCCGGUGUUACGAUCUGGGAAAAGAACUUUGGCCCGAGUCCGUACUAUCGCGACGGCUAUGUACCACCCGCCGGCGUCGAUCCAGACGAGAGGCAGUGGAAGACGGUCGACUGGGAGGGUACCAUCAACAGCCCCAAUAACCCUUCCGACACCCGCACUCGCGUCCGGAACUGGCUUAAUACUUAUUAUCGGGGUGAUGCUGCCAAUAUUAAUGCCCGAGACCACUGGCAAGUACUCAGAUCGUACAAGAAUAUCAGCGACCGGACAAACCGUUGCCGAAGGCGUUAG